AUUCGCGCUAAAAGGACUUCAACUUCCUAGCUCAAUUGUGAACGGUAAUCGCCUUUUUUAAAUGUUUUUUUCUCUCAAGAUAUUUCCUUUUUUACUACUGUAAAUUUUUAAAACUUACCCUCUUAAAGUCAAAGUAUGGCCAAAUGUUUGGCUGCUGUUAUUUUUGUUAACAUUACUUAGUUGUGCCAUGUAUGUGACAGUGAUGAUGCUAGUUUGCUCACGAUCAUUCAAUUUAUCUGCUAGCUACAUUUGUUGAGGCAGUUUUUACUAAUAAACCAAGCCACAUAUCAUGCAUUAUUCAGCUUCAGUUGAUGAAAUGACAACAUCACAAGGUGGGGACGUUGUUCUUGAGAACGUCCACUUCCGCCAUUGUCCGAAAUGGAGUGUUCAGCUCCAGCUUAGUGAGGGAGCUGAGCUGCUGUUCUGUGUUGCCUGUAUGGUUGAAAUGAUGGAAGCUGAAGACAUUUCGUCAGUGAGAAAGUCAUUUGCGUUGUCGACUGUAAGCGGCAUUCUUAAAAGUUCCCCUGGAGCCCUCAGAGAGCUUCUCUUACAAGACCACAGGGUUACUCUACAGCUAAUAGCUACACUUUUAGGGAUGCUUCAAACUGUGGAGAACCCUAUUACAUUGGAGAAGACUGAUCAAGUGCUGGUCCAGCUGCUUGCAGAGUUCAAGAAUGACCUCUCAUUUCACUUUGUUUUGGAUGAGAUUCAAAAACUGGUGAAUACCCAGCUCAGUGUGAAGAGGUCUCUGCCUACAUUCAGUUUCUUGGGAAACCUGGUGAAAGCAGUUCCUGAAGUGGCCCAUAGCCUUGUUACGCAAUAUGUUCCUCUGCUGGACCAUCUAUGCUCAGCCCUGCUGCACCCGGAUGAAGCUCUGAAGACUUCGCUGGUGUAUAUCUGGCUGCUGCUGCUGGAAGCCCCUGGAGGCACUGCAGCCCGAUUCCUGCCCACUGCCACCAGGGAAAGAUUGUGUGUCCUCUUGUUGCAGACUUUUGACAAUGCUGGCUCAGAAAAGCUCAUCAGAAACUGUGCUGGGCUCCUCUGGCAGCUGGUGAAGCAAAGUGCGGCAGUGUCAGUUCUAAUGAACGGUCCUCGCAGUCAGUUCAUGUGCCAUGAGAACCAGGACUCCCUCGCCAACAACAGCCAGAUCCUGACUCCAAACCAAGAGCAACAGCCCGCUGACCACUGCCCCCUGCCUCUUCUGCUGAAAAAGUUGCUGCUGAGCGGGGAUGAGAUGUUGCAGGAGCUCAGUGCCAAGUGCACUGCAGCAAUUCUGGUUCAUUCUCCCAGUCAGUACAGUUCUUUCUUUAUCAAGGCAAAUCUACCUGGGUUUCUGUUUGAGCGUUUGUCCUCUGGAAGCUGUGAGAUGCUGUUGUGGUCCAUCUACAGUUGCUUGGUGUUGCUUACUGAAGACCCGCUCUUCUUCUCCCAGUGUCACUCUGUCUAUGGUAUUGAGUCCCUGGUCAGGAGUCUGAGGCAGUCUUUACUGCUGACCAACCUGGAAGUACCACAACAAGGCUUUCUGCUUCUCACUGAAAUACUGGAAAGACAGCCUCCAGGUUUGCACCUGUUCCCCGGUGGCUCAGGGUUUGCGGCAGUCGCAGAGGCUGUGUCAGCUGGAGUCUCCUGCCCCGGCCUGCAGGUAGCCACCCAGGCUGUCAGUGCUGCUGCAGCUUUGCUCAGACUUAACCACCAGUCCAGACCAGUCCAGUACAAAGAGGUGGAGAUCCUGGUGAAAAGCAUCACCGACAGAUUCCCUGAACUUCUACUCUCCCCCCAGAGACACCAGAGACACACUGGGAACCUGGGAAAGUCGGAUUUGAGCAUCAAGACUUCCAAGUCUACAGAAUUUCUUCUUCAGGCGGUGAUCUGUUUUCAGGCUGCCUGCAGGUUGGCUGAGGAGUGCGCGUCACAUCCUGCCUUGAUGGAGAACCCAUUUACAGCUCCACACAAACAGAGCAACACUCAGGACUCAGUGCAGUCUCUGUGUCAAUGCCUGUUACAUUUGUGUGACUCUGUCUGGAUACCCACCAUUCUCAGAAUGUGUGAGUUUUCACCAAGUGCUGAGAUACUGCAAAACUUGUACUCCAUCCUAUCCUCCCAGUUCACGCUUUUUCCAUCUCUCAAGGCUGUUUUUGCAAAAAAGCUAGCCUCUUCUGGUUUCAUCAGGCUGUGUGUGGAACACAAAAGCCUCCUCUGUGCAGGAAACAGGAACCCAGAUCUAAAUGCAUCUUGCUGUGGUUUUCUGCAGACGCUCUGCAUGACUCUGGUUUCCUUGUCAGACCCCCGAUUUGACUCCUAUCACGAUUUUGAGGAGGUGGAGAAUCUGCUGGCUCACAACCUCCCCUCUCUUUGUUACCAUCCGUCUGAUUGGCCCUCUCUGUUUUGUGAAUACCAAGAAUCAAGGUCCAGUCAAUAUUGUCUGGUGAUGGUCCUUUACCUUGCCCUGCAGGAAGGAGACAGGCUCCUGCCUGACCAGACCGUGUUCUCCAGCAUGUUGUGGCUGCUGCAGUCCGUGCAGGAGCAGGGCAGCUGCGCCGUGCCGCGCUUUGUCCUCCGCUCCGCCCUCUACCUGUUGGCAGUCACUCAGGACAAGAGCCUCACUCUUGACAGGGUUGCUUUGAACAACAUCAGUAAGGUGCUCUCCUCCCAAAGCUUUCCAUCUCUCUACUUUCACCAUCCGGCGCUCCUCCGCUUCAUCUGCGGCUACAACCAACUGGCAGAAAAGUUUGGGUCUAUGGUUUUAGAACUGUGGCUGACCGAGCAACCACAUCACACAGAAGAAGAGCCGGCUUCAGUAGUCAUGCAGAAGAAAGGUGAAGACCAAGAACACCUUGAAGAGAGACGACAGGAUCAGCAACCAGACACAGAAACCAUGGAGCUUCUGGCUCUUGUGCAGAAAAACCCAGAUGUCACACUGAUUUUAUUGGACAUGGUGAGUACCAAACAGGCUCCCCUCUCGGAGCGCGCUUUGGAUGUCCUGCAGUUUAUUCUGCAGCACCAAAAGGAGAACACGGCAGACCUGUGUUUGAAACUCGGGCCUGCCCUCCUCCAGGCAUUACAGCGAAUCAGCGUGGAGAGCAUGGAACAAGGGCGUGACCAAGGCUACAACGCACGAGCUGCUAGCUCGCUUCCUGUGCUGCUGAAGCUGCUGUGUGCAACUCUGACCACCGACCCGCCUUCACCUUCCCUCUACUCGAACAUGGAAGGGAUACACUUCAAGCUGCUUUACCACGUGAGCAGCAUUGUGGGGAUAUUAAAGCCAUGGAACACAGAGAGCCUGCUGCCAGCCUUCAACUACCUGCACUGCUGCCUCAGUUUGUCCCCUGCACACUGCACUGACAGAGCUGUCUCCAUGCUGCUCUCCAACGGCGGGCUGAUGGACCAGCUGCAAGCAGUCAUCUCAUCUGCUCCGUCCCUCCCUCCAUCAGCAUGUCCUCCUCCGGCGCUGCGGUGCAGCGGCCAUCUACUGCUGUCCUCCCUCAUUACCUUGCAGCGUGUUCACUCCGCUCAGGUCUGUAAAAGCAUCAGCUUGAGUCUUGACACUGCGGUGCAUCGACUCCUUCUUCAGAAAAGAAACACAGAAAAUCUCCUACUGGUGAGCUACCUGAGGUUGCUGCAGGCCCUUCUUGAUGCAGACCUUACUUCAGCCGUAGUCCUUCUGGACUCUGGGCCUGGAAUGGUGGGAUCUCAACCACUGGGGAUUGAAGAUGGAGCUUUGUACCCGCUUGGCUUCAAAGGAGCUAUGUGCCUCUUAAACGCUCUCAGUGGACUCAUUUUGCAGAAACAUGAGGUGCUGUUAAGAGCCUCCGUCAGCUGUCUGAGAUCCCUGCUGGGCUUCCUGAAGAGGAAAAAUCUCCCAACAGCCGUGUAUGCAGUGUGUCAUCCAUGGACCCGAUUCUUGCUACACUGCCUGCUCAGCUCUGGAGAGAGCUGCUUCCUGCAUCCCGCUAUCCUCCUCCUCAUCACAGUCCUGCUGAAGCACAGCAGCUCGGCGGUGCCGUGGGAGCCGGACCUGCGGCACGUCAUCGAGUCGCUGGAGAAGAGGGGGCUGAAGGAGCUGAGCUGGGAGGCAGCACACACCUUAACUUUGCUUCUGAAGCAGAUCCAGAUGACUGCUUUGCCAACCACAGAGGAGUAUAAGCUCAGAGUGAGGAGAAUGAUGGAGGCGCUGGAACGGCAGACGACAGAUGAGAGCCCUGACUUCACCCCGCCAAGCAGCACUGUUUAUGUUGGAGAUGUCCUCGUCUGCAUGGCUGACUUCUCUCUGACUGCAGACUCAAGCUUGUAGUUUCAGAAUGAUUAUUUGCUUUGUAUUGGACACUUUUUUAUUAUUUUUUUAUUAUUGUAUUGUUUCCAUGUUCACUCUCUUUGUUCUGCUUAAAUAAUACAUAAUGUUUAGUUACAGAUACGCAGACUUCAGUUAAAAAUUAGCUUUUGUUUGCAGAUUUGAUGGAUGCAGGAAAUGGAAUUUUAAUUUUCAAAGUAAAACUCCAGUUGCGUGUUUUUGUUAAUGAGUUAUAGUGUUCAGAAUUUAUUGGAUACAUUUUUUUAAGGCCAUACCUAUAAGUAAACUGUGCUUUACAGUGUUUUGGUACCAUCAUAUUUUUUUAUCUGAACUUUUCAUCCAUAAAAUAUCCUCAUCUUAAGACUGACGUGGCUAAAACAGAGCAGUUUAUAAAUAAAUUUCAGCUUCAGCUCUGAACAAGUCCUUGUAUUAUUCAUUGAAUUCACAUGCAUACGAUGUUGUCUACAUAUUUAUUUUUAAGUAAGCAUAUUUAAACUGGUUCAAGUCUUGUAGUUUGGUAAAGAGGCACGUGAAAAAUUGGAGUCACGGGCGGUGUCCCUGUGAAAGUCCGCCGUGUAGAAACCACGUCCUCCUCCGCGUUUAGCGCCCGCUCGCUGUCAUUCGUCCAAGAGAAACCAGCCGGUGCGAUCGUGGCGCUGGUGGAGCGGAGCAGCCAGAGCCGCAUGUGAAUGAACCCCGUCCGCCGCCGUCACCUGACGAGCUAGACGGCCAGAUUGCGUGCGCCCCGUGUGACUGAAGGGUCCGGAGAGAUCAGGCAGCGCGCGCGCGCGGUGCUCCGGAGCAAACGCUGCCCGCCAACCGCUGCUGCUGCGUCGCUACCACUCAGUCGUUCCUCUGUUUAGCACUUUCUGAUGUGGGAAACGCCUCAGAGGAGAAGGAAGAUGUAACGGAGAAGACUGAUAAGACAGCAGAGCGACAGCCGGGUACAGAUUGUAGAAGUUCCUCCAGGGAUUAAGCAAGUGCCAGACAUCAG